AAGCCGGCCGAAUCGGGUCCGACGGCGGGCCUGUACAUGGAACGAUCCCAGAGCCGCAUCAGCCUGUCAGCGUCGUUCGAGGCCCUCGCCAUCUACUUCCCCUGCAUGAACUCCUUUGACGAAGACGACGGAGUGGAUACAGAGGGGAAGAGGCUGAAGGGAGGUAUCCAGAGGAGCACAGAGACCGGCCUGGCUGUAGAGAUGCCCAGCCGGACCGUCCGCCAGGCCAGCCACGAGUCCAUAGAGGACAGCAUGAACAGCUACGGCUCCGAGGGAAAUCUGAACUACAGCGGCAUGUGUCUGGCAUCGGAUGCCCAGUUCAGUGACUUCCUUGAUGGGAUGGGACCCGCCCAGUUUGUUGGACGGCAGACGUUGGCAACAACAUCCAUGGGUGAUGUAGAGAUCGGACUGAUGGAGAGGAACGGCGGUCUGGAGGUGGAGGUUGUCCAGGCCAGAGGACUUACCAUGAAACCAGGCUCAAAGGGUCCUCCAGCGGCCUAUAUCAAAGUUUACCUCCUGGAGAAUGGGAUGUGUGUAGCCAAGAAGAAGACCAAGUCAGUGAGGAAAUCUCUGGAUCCUCUCUACAACCAGGUGCUGGUUUUCUCUGAGAGCCCACAAGGGAAAGUGGUUCAGGUAAUUGUUUGGGGUAACUACGGACGGAUGGACCGCAAAUGCUUUAUGGGCGUAGCUCGAAUCCUAUUGGAGGAGUUGGACCUCAGCACGAUGGUCAUUGGCUGGUACAAGCUCUUUCCCACUUCCUCCAUGGUGGACCCAACAAUGGCGCCGCUCAUCCGUCACUCCUCUCAGAUGUCCCUGGAGAGCACCAUUGGGCCGUGCUGUGACCGAUCCUAAGACUCAAGAAGAAAAUUAAACCUUUGAUGUUGCAACCAGCCGAUCCUAACACUCAAGGGAAAAAUGUUUUCUUUGAUGUUGCAACCGAGUCCUGAGACACCUUUUAAACAUACUUCAGGCCUGUGCUUGGAGCAAAAGUUCAGCAAGGUUGCAACACCACUGGAGUAGGUAGUAUUAAGUAUCUUGCUCAAGGGCAC